AUGCACCGGAGGCACCCGCUGCACCCCGCGCCGGCGCCAGUGCCGGUACCGGUGCCGCGGCGGAAGGGCGCGGCGGCGGCGGCGGCGAGCCAGGAGUGGCUGGUGGUGCCGCCGGCAGGGGAGCCGCGGGCGGGGGAGUUCGGGCGGCACCGGAUCAUGGAGAUGACGGGGCUGCCGGCGCGGGACCUCCGCGUGCUCGACCCGCUCCUCUCCUACCCGUCCACCAUCCUCGGCCGCGACCGCGCCAUCGUCCUCAACCUCGAGCACGUCAAGGCCAUCGUCACCGCCGCCGAGGUGCUCGUCCGCGAUCCCAGCAACCCGAGGCUCCAACCCUUCCUCCUCGAACUCCACGCACGCCUCGCCCUCCCGGACGCGUCCAUCGCGAAUCUGGCAACCGAUGGCGGAGACGAGACGGAGCAGGGUGCUCAGGGGAACGUGCCAAUGUCUGCGCUCGGCACGCCUGGCUGCGCCAAGAACCAGCCCUUCGAGUUCAAGGUGCUCGAGGUCUGCCUCGAACACACGUGCAAAUGCAUGGAAUCGGAGACGUUGGCUCUCGAGAAGGAGGCGUACCCGGCAUUGGACGAGCUGGCCACCAGGGUUAGCACGCGCAACCUGGAGCAUGUCAGGCAGAUCAAGAGCCGUCUGGUCGAGCUGUUAGCGCGCGUGCAGAAGGUGAGGGAUGAUAUCGAGCGCUUGCUAGACGACGACGCAGAUAUGUCCGAGUUGUACCUGACGAGGAAGUUUGCGUUUCAAGGAGCCAAUGAGUCGCCAGGCAGAGUGGAAUCGAAUAAGCGCGCAUCUGCUGAUCAUGACGACAAAGAGGAAGAAGAUCAUGGUGACGAGACAGAGAGCAGCGGCGAUGAAAGUUCUGCUCAUGUUAAGCCUGACAUCCAAGAGUUGGAGAUGCUUCUGGAAGCCUACUUCGUGCAGGUUGAUGGCACGCUGAACAAGUUAUGCCAUCUCAACGAUUAUGUGGACGACACUGAAAAAUACAUCGAGAUGAUGUUGGACGAGCAGCAGAACCGGCUGCUGCAGACGGGUGUGAUGCUCACAACGGCAACGGUGGUGGUCACUGCGGGCAUCGUGGUUGUGAGCUUGUUCGGCAUGAACAUCCACAUCGACCUGAUGAAGGAUCCAGAGACCCCCGAGAUGGCGAGUAUCAAGAACAUGAAGUUCUGGGAGACCACAUGGGGCACCGUUGCUGGCUGUGCUGCUAUAUACUUCCUGUUAAUCUAUGCAGGGAAGAAGAGCAAGUAUUUGAAAUGA